AGAGCAGAUAGCUCUGUAUACAUUCAGAGAGACGGAAGCAAAGGUCAAAGUAAGGCAGUUGGGUAGGGGUAAUGAUUUAAGGGAAGGCAGAUCAGAAACUCGUGAUGGGAUUUUCGUUUUAUUUUUCUCUGUUCUUUUUUAUCUGAAAGUGUGCAGAGAUUAUAGAGUAUAGAAACAGAACAAAGCCAGCAGUAGGCAGGGCUCCUGCACCUUGUGCCUUGUUGCUGCUGCUUUGUACCUAGACAAUCCCAACAAGAUCGAAAGAAGCCGGAGUAAAAGCUAACAUAAAAACCAGAAAGAUAGUUUUUUUUUUUAUAAAGUUUUUGUGAAGUGUUUCUCUCUCUUUUUUUCUUUUUUAUUGCAAGUGAUAGUAAUAAGGGUAUUCCUUGCGGAGAAUCUUGGUGAAAGCCUGAAAGCAUAUACUUUUGGCUAAAAAGGGGUGGCUUCGAGAUACCCAUUUGAGUUUUUAAUCAAAGGGUUGUAAAGAAAGAAAGAAAGAUUGUGAAGAAGAUUGAAACAAGUUGAGAAAUGGGUAGUUGUGGGAGGAGUGGUGCAGUGAGACAGUACAUAAGAUCAAAGGUGCCUCGUUUAAGGUGGACUCCUGAACUUCAUCACUGUUUUGUUCAUGCCAUCGAAAGGCUUGGAGGUCAAGACAAAGCCACGCCAAAACUUGUUCUCCAACUGAUGGAUGUGAAAGGACUCACCAUUUCACAUGUGAAAAGCCACCUUCAGAUGUACCGGAGCAUGAGAAGUGAUCUCGGCAGACAAGAUAGGAGUUCAACCCAUCAAAGAAGACAAUCUUUUGAGAACCAUGAUGGAUGCGUUGAUGAAGUGAGUGAUCUGGUUUUUCACUCAACUUCAAAACCACUUGAAGAAUCAGAUUCUCAUUUGAUCUACAGUCCUCCUCCUUCAAAAAGAGCUAGAAUCGAGACCAGGAGUUCAAUCUCUGAUCAGAAUCUGCAAUGCAGCCAAGGAAUAUGUGAGACAGUCUCAAAUCCGUACUCUUUUGAUGAUUAUCUGCAGACCAUGGCUGUGCACAAGGGAAUAAAGGAGGGUAAUGGUGCUUUCAUGUGGGAGCACACCCAGUCUCACUCCCAGGGUCAAUCCACAACCUUCUCUCUGCCAUAUGAUAUUUACAACCUCAACUCUUUCAAAUAUUCGAUGGGGGAACCUGAUUUCCUUAAGGUUGCCAAGGUAGAAGCAGAAGAUCAUCACACACAUGUUGAACAAAUUGUUAGGAGACACGCAGGGGACGAAGAAGAAGCAGACGGUGGUUGUGAAUUAUCAUUGUCACUCUCAUUGCAUCAUCAUCCAUCUUCCCAGAAAAGUAACACAUCUUCCACGAGUGAAAUCAGCAGCAGCGAGGCAUUCUCAUUGUACUCUAGGUCUAGUUAUAAAGACUGUUCCGGCACUUCCUCCGCCCAACGUAGUGUAAACUUAGAUCUUUCUAUUGCUCUUUGUGGCAACUAAUGUCUCCCAUAUUUCUUCUUUAUGAGUUAGUUUUUUUUUACCUCCA